AUGGAGACCACAAACCUCAGUGACCUCAUCAAGAGGAGACGCCGACGCUCUGUCAGCAGCAGCUCCGUCCUCCUCCGCAGCUCGCCAUCCACGGGUCAGACGGACGGAAAGGAAGUGGACGUGAUUGGUCGGCCGCCUGCUGUUAGAACCCGCUGCAGGUCUGAGGAGGAAGAUCCUGGACCGAGAGGGACUCAUGUAACCUGGAGUUAUUAUACGCUGCUUCGCCUGUAG